AUGGAUAUCUUCAAGCAAUUGAAGAUUACUAUACCCUUGACCGAAGCACUGCAACAAAUUCUUGCUUAUGCAAAACAUUUGAAGAAAUUCCUGAGUAAAAAGAAGAAAUAUCUAGAUGAAGAAACAAUUGAGGUGCAGGGUAAUUGCAUUGCCAUUAUGCAGAAGACUCUCCCUCCAAAAUUCAAAGAUCCGGGAAGUUUCAAUAUCCCUUGCACCAUUAGGAAUCAUGAUAUAGGGAAGACUCUAGUUGAUUUAGGGGCUAGCAUCAAUCUAAUGCCCCUAUUUAUGCUCAAGAAGAUUGGUGGUCUUGAGGUCAAACCUACAAGAAUGAUCUUGCAAAUGGUAGACAAAUCCAUCAAGCAUCCUUAUGGUGCAGUGGAAGAUGUUGUGAUCCAGAUUGACAAACUCAAAUUCCCGGUGGAUUUUGUAGUGCUAGAGAUGGGGGAAGAAAUAUAA